CAGCACUUCUUCCUGGGCUCCCAUCUCCAACCAAGGCACAAAACAAAGCACGGCACCUCGAGACAACAUGUCCGACAUGAUGGUGCCACCCACCUUCUGCCAACGGGUCAAUGACCUUGCAGAGCCAGCGCCCCUGUUGCUCGGCAGUGCAUGGAAUUUUACGGUAGUCUUCUUGGACACGGUGUUUAGACGGGGAGAACUGCUUGCUCCGAUUCUCAGGAUGUCCCAGAUCAGAGCCGAAGGCUUUUCGAGGUUCUGGAUAAAGUUCUCAGGAGCUCGGGACCCCCCAUCUUCCAUACCAGCAGAACCCGUCGGCUCCAGCGCUCUGAUGCCAGCCCUCCUCUCCACCGCUAGCGGCGUAAUCCUCGACAUCGGCCCAGGGACAGGAACGCAGAUGCCUCUCCUGACCAGCCCGGGCAUCAAAGCCAUCUACGGCGCCGAACCCACCGAUGGCCUUCACACCGACCUUCUCGCCAAGAUCGACUCCUGCGGCCUAUCGUCAAAGUACCAGAUCCUCCACUGCGGCGCCGAGCCGCAAUCCCUCAUCCCAGCCUUGGACAAGGCGGGCUUCAAGGAGCUGGGCAGCGGCGUCUUUGAUACCAUUAUAUGUGUGCGAGUGCUUUGUUCGGUGCCAAGACCCGAGGAGACGAUUCAGGGCUUGUACCGCUUGCUGAAACCCGGCGGUAAGUUGCUCAUUGCGGAACACGUGGUGAACCCGUGGUGCACGAGGCAGGGGAGUAUUGUGGGACGGUUGGCGCAGCUGUUUUACACGCUACUCGGUUGGCCGUUCUUCAUGGGAAGCUGUCACAUGAAUAGGGAUACGGGGAAGAUGUUGAGGAAAGCCGCUGAAAGAGAUGGCGGAUGGGCGAGUGAUACCCUAAAGACGUCUUUUGCGUGGGGGCCAAUGCCUUAUGUCAGUGGGAUUUUGGUGAAGAGGAGCUAGAGACGAUGUUGUGUCGGGGGAGCGUUAGUUCAUGAUAGAAUGCUUUGG